CUCUCUCUCUCUCUCCCUCUGUGCCUGUGUUAAGGAUCUUCGAUCUCCCAGCCGAUCAUUUACUGUAUGAUUUGUAGAAACAUUUAUACAAGAGAAAUAAUUUAUGGGUUGCUUCCUGCUUCACCCUUUUGUGGAUCUAAACUCCUUGCUAGCUUUGUCUUAUCUGAGUCAAUGCUUUUGCCUGAUUUUUCUAGGCUUGAUGACCCUGUUUUCUCAUGUGUCUAUAAAUAUGUAUGAUUAUGUGGGUCAAAAGUUGAAUCUUUGAUGCACUAACUAACCAAAAACAAAAGAAUCCAUGAAAGUUCUGAGUCACUUUUGCAUAGAUCCAUAGUAAGUUUAAGUUAAGGACAAAGGAUCUAUCUACUUCUGACAAUGGGGGUGCUUGGAUUUACUUAUGACUAUGCUAAGUUGAAUCAGGAAAUUGUUUUUUGGGGCAACAGAAUUGAUAUUUGGAUCCACAAAGAAUUUGAUAUAAAUCUGUUCUACUUUUUAAUCUUUCUGCUUUAAGUUUCUGAAUUUGCUAAUUAUGUAUGUGUGACAUGGGUUGAAUGCUUUAUGAGCAGCUGACAUGGAUCCCUAUGUCCUUUUGACUCUAAGGACCCAAGAGAAGAAAAGCAAUGUGGUCUCAGGACAAGGAUCUGCACCAGAAUGGAAUGAAACCUUUGUAUUUACAGUCUCUGAUGAUGUCUCCGAACUUCAUUUGAAAAUAAUGGAGAAGGAUAAUUUCAGCGCAGAUGAUUUUGUUGGAGAAGCAACCAUUUCAUUAGAGCCCAUUUUCACUGAAGGUAGCAUUCCACCAACUGCAUAUAAUGUUGUCAAUCAGGACAAGGAAUACCGUGGAGAGAUUAAAGUUGGACUCAGAUUUACUCCUGAGCCUCAGCAAAAUGAUGGUCCAUCUGGGGAAUAUGGAAGAAACGACAGUCCAUCUGGGGGAUAUGGAAGAAACGAUGGUCCAUCUGGGGAAUAUGGUGGUUCAGAGGAGGGCUAUGGUGGAUGGAAACAAUCAUCUUACGCGGAGGAGUAGGGCUAAUUUGGAUCGGAAGAAUGAUCUUAUCCGGAAUGACCUUGUGAUUUACAGUGUAACAUAUGAUGUUCAUUUAGCUGCCUGGUGUUGGCUUGAGAAAAGAGGAGGAGCUUCAGUCAUGUGGUAGGUUUCUUUUUGGUGUGCUUUUGUGUGCCUCAACUUGUUUGAUGGAUUGAAAUAAUCAGUCAAGUUUACUGUUUUUGAUU